AUGUCCAAACUGAUCGUCCCGGAAACACAGUGGACCAAGAUUAAACCCAGAGACGCAUACAACAUCCCAGUCCCAAAAUUCAACAAUAUUUUGGAAGCUGUAUCGGAUGGUGCCAGAGAGUCUCUACCGAUUGUGGCAAGUGUGAUCGCUAACCAGAUCAUCUACAUCGCUAUCGUUGAGUUUGUGGAUUCGACACUCAUUUGGUUCGGCAACAGAGUUGGAGUGUCAGGAGUGUCGUUUGCGUUCCUGUGCUCAUACGGUUUUUACCCUCUUGUAUACCUCAUGGGCUUUUCGAGUUCAGACUUCCUGAAGAUUGGUGAGCUGUUAGGAGUUAAGACAUUUGCGAAUUCCUACUAUGGCUACCAUCUGUUCGGGAAACUCAUCAAGAAUCGCGUGGUGCUUGAACACUACGUGACGACCACCAACGGAACGUGGCACUGGGACGGAAGUGACGUCAUACUGGACUGGACCAAUAAGACACUUCCUGGUGGGAUACUGACGAAACGAUCGGAGGUGAUAGGAACAUACGCGUUCUGUGGACAGAACCACCUCGCAGCUCUCGGAGUCGCCAUUGGUGUCUUCAGUACUCUGAUUCCAGAGAGAAAACACACCAUUACCAAGUACAUCAUCCGUGCUAACAUUACAGGGCAGUUAGCAUGCUACAUGACCGCUUGUAUUGCAGGUAUGCUGUAUGACGAGACUCUAACCUAACAACGGGGGUGGAUUUAAGGCCAGCUUUAGAAGCAGGUUCCAAGCAAGGUUCCAAGCAUCAACUCGCAGUCUCGUUAUUGUCAGCCGAAGAAAGAAACUGAUUGUUAUCAAAUACGUUACCAAUUUACAGUGGAUCUAAAUGAUAAAGAACUGAGAUAAUAAAUAGUUGUGUUCCUUGGAUUAAACUCCUUUGCAUACGCGCCUAGAGAAGCUGUUGAUAUGUUGAUGGGGCGUGUUCUGUUUGUUAACAUUUAUUUAUUAAACGUAAUUUACGUUUAUAGACUAGUAUUAUAUC